CUCUUAACUAGUAACAGUAAUCAAGAUACUUUACUAAUAUACAAUGGCCAAACAAUUAAUCGUGUUGCUCGCACUGGUAACCUACGCCUAUGGUAUGACAAUAGGUAAUGGUGGAUUGGACUUGCUCAAAUUCUCCGAGGGUUGGAGGGCUGACUACUACUACGACCAGAUUGGCUUAAAAACGAUCGGCUACGGACACGCAUGCGUGUGGCAUAACAACUGCAACGAUAUCGGUAAAACACCACUUACCGAACAACAAGGUGUGGACCUAUUGAAAAAGGAUCUGGUUGAAUAUGAAAAUUGCGUGAACAACGCCGUUCAGGGACUCAACCAAAACCAAUUCGAUGCCUGCGUGGACUUUACGUUCAACAUGGGCUGCCAGGCUUUCCAGCAAUCGCAAAUAUUGAGCAAUAUUAAGGCCAAAAACUGGCAAGGUGCCGCAAAUGCCUUCGCUCAAUACAAUGUGGCCGGCGGUCAAGUGAUCGAAGGACUUACUGUUCGGCGACAAAACGAGAAAAAUCUGUUUCUUAAGUAAUUUCAUGACAUGUAUAUACAGUUUUAAUAAUUUGCAUAUUUACUAAAAAUUAUUUUUUAAUU